CACCCCGGUAAACUCCGACAUAGUCGCGAGUCUUCGUACCCCGAUCCUGACCACCCGACCUGUGUUUUCCCGGUCGUCCGCCUCGUCUCCCGUUCCACACUUUUCCGCCCCGCUCGCGGGCUUUUCACGUCGGAUUCCGGUUUUCUUUGCACGCGUUAGCCCGCUCUCGUCGCCACGAUGGAUGAUACCAAAUUGAAGGAACAGUACUAUACACCGCCGCCGAAAGUCAGUAACUGGGAGAGCUUCAAAACCUUCCUAUGGAACUCGGAAACCAAUCAGUUUUUAGGACGAACGGCCGGAAGUUGGGCUAAAAUUAUAUUAUUCUACGUUGUGUUCUACCUAGUAUUAGCAGCUUUCUUCUCAGUGUUAAUGUUUUUGUUCUUCCAAACAAUCGACUAUAAUAAACCGAAAUGGCAAUUGGAUCGCUCCCUCAUCGGCACCAAUCCAGGGUUGGGCUUCAGGCCGACUCCUCCUGACACUCACAUUGACAGUACUCUGAUCUGGUACAAAAGACAAGCAAGCAACUAUGCCUUGUGGGUCCAAAAGCUUGAUGACUUCCUCCAAGAUUAUAGAGAGCCUUCAUUUCUCCCUGGUGGGGGUCAAAACAUAAUCCAAUGCUCAGAUGGAAACAAGCCCCCUCCCGGCAAAGUUUGUGCUGUCAACAUUCAUCAGCUCAAUCCGUGCAUUAAAGAAACAGGAUAUAAUUAUGAUAAGGGAUCACCUUGCAUAUUCCUAAAAUUAAACAAGAUUUAUGGCUGGGAGCCCGCUUACUAUAAUGACACCAAAAACUUACCUGCCAAAAUGCCUGCUGACCUGAAAAACUUCAUCAUUCAAGAGAAAAAUAGAGAACCAUACAAAAAGCUAGAAACGGUGUGGGUUAGCUGUGAAGGUGAAAAUCCUGCUGACAUAGAAAAUAUUGGUCCUAUCUCCUACCUCCCAUCAAGAGGAUUCCCAGGCUACUAUUUCCCGUACAUUAACACAGAGGGCUACCUCAGUCCUGUCAUUGCCGUAUGGUUCGAGUCUCCUGCUCGUGGAGUUUUGAUAAACAUAGAGUGCAAAGCAUGGGCUCAAAAUAUUCAUCAUGAUCGUCACGAGAGGCGAGGAUCAGUUCAUUUUGAAUUGAUGAUAGAUUAAAUUCAGAAGCUAAGUGACAUUGUACCGUUAUCACUCUCAAAACUGAGCUGAGUUUGCUAAUUUUCAGUCGCCUCCAAUCCGACGCACAAAAUGGGUAAAACGAACACUUCAACUCUCUCGUAAUAAAUUAAAUUUACAGUUCAUUAAUUUGGAGUUUCUAAGAUAAGUCAUUUUAACUCCAUUUUAUUAGAUGCUUUCUCAAAUAGUGUUUCAUAUUUAACCAUCUUGACAAACAAGUGAGAAAAGGGGAGCGUUUUUUUUUUAAAACCAGAACAAAUUCAUACAAAUGUUGGGAUUCAAAAUUCAAAACUGUAAUCACAGUUGAGUUGACCUCUUUGUGAGUGUUGAAAAGAGCCUAACAGUCAUAUUUUCUUGUCUUUUCUUUCCUCGUCUGUAUUUAUACAAAUGAAACGAAAAUAAGACCAAUUUUUUUCAGUUGUGAAAAUUUUAAAAUUCAGAAUGUCAAGAGAUUAAUUCUGAAAUAAAUCUUACGAAAGCUUAUAAUCAUCAGCAUUUCAGCUCAUAUAUUUGCAUUGCCAAAAAAAGGGGUACCUUAAUAGAUGUCAAAGGUUCAAAAAAGUCACUAGUUAAAAUGUAAUUUUUGACUGAUCAAUGUAUCAAAGUUGGUUAUGCACAUUGAAGAAAAAUCUUGGUGUUUUUGUUCAUAUUAUGUCUGUGCCUAGCAGCUUUGAUAUUUUUAAAAAAAUAUCAAAAUAUAGUGCAGUUUACUAUUUGCCGAAAACUAGACUGGUAUGUUUAUAGUUACUAUGAUAACUCUCAUUUUCUAAAAUGUGUGGACCUGGUUUUUUACCCUUCAUUUGAAAUCGAUAUUGAAAAACUCCCUCGCAAAUGGCAAACUGGGUCCGUUAAAUUUCCUUUCCUAGCGACUCAGUUACUGAAAGUUAUCCUUAGUUCAGUCCUUUGAGAAGAAAAUAGAUCUCCUGUUGAUAAAGUAACAUACUUUGGAUUAGCUUAGUUUUAACGGAUGAAUUGAUUAAUGACUUAAUAAUGAAUUAAUUAAUUUAAAUGGAUGAAUUAGUAUUUAAUUAAUUGUUGCUUUUAUUCCAUUUUUAUAUUUUUAUUGAUUGAUUGAUUGAUGGAUUGAUGGUUCAUCAGUCUAAGAUUUUAAAGGUGACCUCUGUCUGUGAAUACUGUACAAUUGUACAUGUUGUAAUCAAGUUCAACUUUCGUUGUGGAAUCAUUUCACUUUCUCUCUUUUUUUGUUCAUUUUUGAGCAAUGUGAUUUGAUAUUUCAGCUGUUUUUCAUCCACCAUAUUUAGGUAAUUGAUUGUUUUAGCAAGAAAUUUUUUUCGUAUGGGAAUGUGGUUAAAAAUCAGUAGUGUGAAAACUUGCAUACGCUCUAAGGAGAUAUUGUGCAUUUUUACUCUCACGGUUCAUGCUAUUUCGCUAAAUUUAUUGGUUUUUAGCCAUUCUUUGUCCUGUUUAUUUUAUUUCUUACAUUGUUACGUAAUUUUUAAGUCUUGGUGAAUUUUUGCAGCUCACAGUUUGUGGUCAAAAUGAUUUUUUACUGUAUUAUAUAAAACUGUCUAUGAAUAAAACAAGGUAAAAACUGGUUCAAUUUUUCUACCUUUGCUGAGACGCGUGUAGUGAAAAUGGUAUCAGUAAAAUAUGGCAAAGAAACUAUUUAACCUUCUUUGAUCGCGUGUGGUAUUUCAUGUAGAAAUUAUGAAAAAGGAGAGUAUUUGGGUGUAGUAGACCACUAUACAGCAUAAUGUAACGAAAGGCUUUAAUAGCUGACCUUACAGACAUUGACUGCCAAAAUAUUGCAGUUUCUCAUGAUAGCAUGGCAAAACUCAUUUGAAACUUACUCACCUCUUAAACAAAGUAUUUCAGUUGAGAGUAUUACCAUUGGUCAAGCAGGGCAUAUUUUCAGUUGAAAAAACUUUAAAAUUUUACUUCUCAUGCUUAUGUUUUUGAAUAGCCUAUGAUUAAGGGAAAAUGUUGCGUUGAGUUUCAUCGAAAUGCUUUAUAAGCUUCUGACCAAUAUUUCAAUAAUCGUAUGAAAAAAUAAAUCAGUUCUUUUAAAAAAGAUUUCCCCAAGGUGCUGCAUAACUUUUGCGAGAAUAAAUCAAAAUAAUUCCAUACUGAGGAAGUACGUCUUUUUCAGUGCUCAAUAACUUCAUAUUAGCCUGAUAAAAAGUUCGACUUUUUUCAAGGCAGUACCAAAAAAAGUGGUGUACUUCAUCAAAAAAUUCAUUGCUUUUCAUUGAUGAGAAUUUAUUCUUGUUAUCCACCGCAUACUUCAGCUUCUAAUGGCAAUUUUCCAGUUACAUAUUUUAAUGAUCUCAAGCAUGGUUGGUUUCGAAAAAUUCUCAUUAAAUGCAGAUUUCAAAACUUUUUUGCGCUUCCAAAUUUGUUUUCUUCUCUCUUUAAGUAUCUAAGUCAUUUUAUUUAUUAAAAAAAAAUCUCAAAAUGAAAGUUUUGAGCUCUACUCUGUGGCAUAUUUGAGUUGCUUGUUGAAUGCUUUUCACCCUCUUUUUUUCACAUCUUCUCUAUCUUUGUCUCUCUUUCUCCUUUUUCAUCACUUUUUAUUCAUUAAUAUUUUUCUCUAACCUCUCAAGCUUCUGAUAGGUGAAUAAGUCCACAAGAAUUGAAGAACAAACACGAUGAGUAUGAAAAACUAAGUCGGGUUUUGCACCCACAACGAACUAGUCAAGUAGACUCAAGUUUUGUUUUUUGCAGGCAUGAACAGGGUGCAGUGUAUUCUUAAAAAUAUUUUACGGUGUGAGAAUUUACCAAGGUUUUGGAAUAAGAUGCAUGCUGCAUGACAUUUAUCUUGCGUCAUUUGUUGAGAGGUGAUUUUUUGUCUACGUGUUUCUCGACUGUGCUCGGUAACUUUACAAAUCAAUGCAGUAUUGCCUGAGGGGAUUGUCCAGGAUAUUAAACCUAUACUUUAGGCGGCGCCACAGCAUAAAAACUCGGUGUACCAUAUAUGUAGACUCUUGUUCCUUCUUGCUCAAUAGUUAGGUAACCCUUUGCAUAAUAUUCUGUAGGUUAGAUUCUUUAAUUUUAACUUUAUGACCAAUGAAUCUUCAUCUCAGUACCGGCUAAUCUCUCUUGUCAAAUCUAAGCUCUACCUUGAUUUGCGCUUGCUAAAUGAAAUUGAGAACCGCAGGCAAUUUUAUCCGGCAAAAUGACAAGCUCCCACAGAGGUUGGUCUUUUUUCAGUUCCACAGGGCUUUAAAACAAUGUGCCAAGUUUCCAAAUGGUCGCCGGUUCGUUAGCUAGAGAGCAAACAAAGGUAUUCUCUGGGCAAAUUCUCUCUUCAUCCUUGCUACUCGCGUGUAAAAUUUUUUUAAGCACCUCUUAUCUCAGAAACUUUCUGCAAUGCACCCAAACUGCUAUUGUGCUUUUAAAACUAAAAUAACAGUUGUCUUAGAAGUACAAUUUAUUAGCCAUGAGUGGAGGCCGAAGUUCUUAAUUUGGAUUUAAAAAAAAACAAUGUGAUUCAAUAAUGAAGUAAUUCACACAUUGUUAUUCAGACAUCUCUUGGACUUGAAUUUUUUUUAAAGAAAAGAUUAUCUAGCUCAAUUUCGUGAAAACUUAAUUUUUACCUGUGAUGAGUCAGGUUCUUUUAUGAAUUUUUUGAUUUUUCUCUCUUCUCCUUUCUUCUUUCCCUUGAUGCAACAACAAGAUCUUUUCAACAUGAAUUCGGAAGUAUCCUCAAAAGUCAAAGUAUAUUCAUAACAUUUCAUAGCUCAAGCUGUUUAAUUCCAUGUAGAACUUUUUGCAAUUGGCAAGUUUAUUCUUUUUAGUGAGUGUCCAGCUUAAACUUGUUGACAUUAUGAGCGUAAUCGUUCUCCUUCUAUUUUAUUUUUGAUGUUGAUUUUAAGUUAAACCUUGAUAGAAGAAAUGAUCUGCUUUAAAGUUCUGAUUUCCCGGCAGCUCCUUAUUUGUUUUUAGAGUUUGCAUUAUUUUCCGUUAGUCAAUCUCUACUUCCCAUGCUUAUAAUGAUAAAAGAACAAUCAAUGUUUAGAAGAAACCACAUGUUUUCCUUACCAAAAUUAGGAGUGCAAAAUAAGUUACAACUUGAAAUCUUGUCGCAAUUGCGACACCAGAUUUUUUUGUUAUAUUUGUUAAUAUUUUAAAGAUUUGGAAAGUCAUCGAUCAAAUCAGCUGUUCUUGUAUUGUUCUCACAACUAGUCAUAGGGAAAUUACACGUAGAUAAUUAAAUAAAAUUAAACAUUAUAUUGAUUUUAAUCGUAUUAUCCAUUCUAGACAUAGACUCUAUUAAUCGCUUUGAAGCUGCCGCAAUUUUAGUUUGUUUCCGUACCCUUGUUCUUUGUUCAACCAUCCUAUUAGUAGUCCAUCCUUGUUUCCUUUUUGACCGUAAUAUUUUUUCAUUAUUUUAAGUGUAUAAUUAAAGUAAUUUCUUAGAAAAAUGAUAAAAGGCCCAGUUUCCUCUCUCAUUUAAAAUUCUUGUUACUUGUGCUUGGCCUACGAGUCUGUUAAAUGUUUAGUUCACUUAAUUCAUUGGUUCCUGAAUCAAAAUUGAGUCCAGUUACAAUUGUAACCUGUUUAAAUAUCCUUUUUGCCUUGAAAUGACCUACGUAAUUAUAACAGGCCUCUGUUCUCUCUUUUUUGUCUAUCCUUAUCCUUUUAUUUAUUUUCCUCUUUUUUUAAAAUGUAUUUAGUAUUACAUUUUCUAUUGUGACAUUUUAUUUUAUUGAUUUUUCCUAAAAUAACCAGGAAGGUUGUAGCCGGAAGAAAAAGGAAAAGUAAACAGACAGUCUACUUCAAAAUUUCAUUUUUCAUUUUUGUCAGUUAUGAAUCUGUAUAAACUGUUGUAACAAAAAUAAAAAAAUGAUGACCACAUA